CAAAAAAGAACCCGGUUUGUUAAAUUAGGAAAGUCGACUGUUAUCAGCAAAAUUCCCAAUUUUUUGGAACCCUAAACCUAACCGCAAACUCUUCUUCCUCCUCCUCAACAAACCCUCCCCAAAAUCCCACGAAAAAACCAAAGCUUUAAGCUUUCUCUUCUCUAAAUUAAAGGGAACCAAAUUGACCCGAACCCGAACCCGAACCCGAACCGGAAAACUGAAACCCUAACCCUAAUUUCCCCAUUUUCUCCAAUUUCUCUUCAAUGGCUACCGAUGCAUCCCCAAAAUUCCAACAACGUGACCUUUUACCGGUUCCACAACCACCCGAUUACCACCCGACUGUUGCCGUUAACCCGGCCCAUGAUGGUCUCCAUUUUUGGCAAUUUAUGGUUGCCGGGUCAAUUGCGGGUACAAUUGAACACAUGGCUAUGUUUCCAGUAGAUACAAUUAAGACCCAAAUGCAAGCCUUGGGAACUUGUCCAUUAAGAUCUGCAAGUAUACGUACAGCCCUUAAUGGAAUUUUGAAAUCUGAAGGUGUUGUUGGGCUUUAUCGGGGCAUUGGAGCAAUGGGCCUUGGUGCUGGCCCGGCCCAUGCUGUUUAUUUCUCUGUUUAUGAGAUUUGUAAGAAGAAAUUUUCGGGUGGGAAUCCGAAUAAUUCAGCUGCACAUGCUAUUUCGGGUGUUUUCGCUACAACUGCAAGUGAUGCGGUUUUUACGCCUAUGGAUACGGUGAAGCAACGGUUGCAGUUGAGUGAUAGCCCAUAUAAAGGUGUAUUGGAUUGUAUUAAAAGGGUUUUGAAAGAAGAGGGGUUUAAGGCUUUUUUCGCUUCGUAUAAAACUACUGUUUUGAUGAAUGCACCGUAUACAGCGGUGCAUUUCGCUACGUAUGAGGCUGCGAAACUUGGGUUGUCGGGCGUUUCGCCUGAGAAUGCAAGUGAUGAAAGAUUAAUAGUUCAUGCCACUGCUGGGGCAGCAGCUGGGGCGUCAGCGGCGUUAGUUACAACACCGCUUGAUGUCGUCAAGACGCAAUUACAAUGCCAGGGUAUCUGUGGCUGUGAUAGAUUUAAAUCUGGGUCAAUUGGGGAUGUUUUUCGGAUAGUUGUGAAGAAGGAUGGAUACACAGGUCUCAUGAGGGGGUGGAUGCCAAGGAUGCUCUUCCAUGCUCCUGCUGCUGCAAUUUGCUGGUCUACAUAUGAAGCUGCCAAGGCCUUCUUCCAAGAGCACAACACUAGUAACAGCAGUGUGACCUGAAAAUAUAAUAUAGAAAGAGGGAAUAUUGUCGCUUAUCUCCAUGCCAAAAAAAAAAAAAAAAGAUGAGAAGGAGAAUCCUCUCUAUUGUUGUAUGCAUACCAUAAUUUAUGGUUGAGACAGAAAUUUUACCUGCUGUGGAAGAUUGAAGACGGAGAAACACGAAGAAAAGUUCUGUAGCCUUAAUUUGCAUCUACAAUCACGCAGUGAUAUUUCAUUUUUAUUUAGGGUCUGUAUAAUUUAUGCUAAGUUUGAAUAAGUUAUGAGAUUGAGUCCUUGUUCUUUAUUCUUUUUCUUCGUAUCAUGGAGAAACAGGGUGAAUUGGAUUAGAAAAUUGUGUUGAAAAUUUUGAUAUUAAUUCAUCACAUGAGAAUUGGUUAUUGUUAUCAUUCUCUUUUCAAUGGUUA